AUGGCGCAGAUGGCGGGGCAGCUCUGGGAGGCGCCCGCCAUGGAGCGCCGCGAGUUCGUCUCGUGGGACGACUUCUUCGCCUACAUGAAGGAGUACCAGCAGCGCACGCACCAGUCCUUCAGCAGACGCAGCGCCACGUCCGUCAAGACGCGCAACCAGGUGCUGGCGGCCAUGGCCAAGUCAGGCCGCCCCAUCCCCAGCCCCCUUCUGCCAGAGUCGUUCCUCGACUACACGCGCAUGCUGCAGUGCUCGCACAAGCUCCGGGGCAACGCGGAGCGCACUCACGCCCGCUGGAACGGCGAGCAGCCGUCCGAGUGCCAGGCCAGGAUUAACGCGACGCUGCAGCUCGGGGACUACGGCAAGUACUACAUUCGUGCGACGAAGGUCAGCCUCCUGCACAACCACCCGGUGGGGGGCGACGCCAGGCCGGUGUCUGUAGCUGCUGCUCAGACAGCCACUUCUUCAGCUGUGGCGAGUGGGCAAGAGGACCCGAGUCUUGCCGCCAAGAGGCGGCGUGUUGAAACCCAGCGCAAGCCUGACGAGAGACAGGAAGGCACUUCUAGCCACACUGAGCGACAGACGACGAAGGAAGCGCAGCAGCGCGUACCUACAAUGGCGGACGUGCGGAUGUUCCUGGAGCGCGUGGAGAUCUCGCGCUCCAAUCAGCCUGGAGCGGGUCAGUCAGUCGAGGAACGCCUCGCAGCUUACGUGAACGAGUUCGCCGCGCAGGAAGGCAACGCGGCCAAGAUUUUCGUGGAUAACGAGAAGGUUUUGUCAAGUGUUACGCUCCAGACGAAGCACAUGCGCCAGGUAUUUGAAGCUUUUCCUGAAGUGCUGCGUGUCGAUGCCAUGCCACCGACUACGGGAUCCUCUGAGUCAAGCUACCGAGUUUUCUCGCUUAUGGCGCACGAUGUGCUUGGCCAGUGGCAGUAUGUGCAGCACGCUAUCGUGGAAAAUGACCGAUCCGAGACGCUCCGAGUUGCACUUGAUCAAUUCAAGGCGCACAACCCUCGGCACACCCGUGUUCGCGCGUUGAUCGUGCCAAGUGGGGACUCUAACCAGCUCAAGGAGCUGCGCGCGAGCUUUCCUGCUGCCCGCGUGCUGUACUCCCAAUUCCACGUGCUGCGCGCACUCCACAAGGUAAUAGCCGAACACGGGGACUUGUCUUCGUGGCACCGAGACCGCCUCACAGGAAUCGCCCAGUUGCUCGUCUACGCCCCCACGUCGCUCGUGUAUGCGGCUAAUAUCGCUGUCAUGGUGGAUGUUCUGGGGUCGAAGCAACACUCCUUCUUCCGCUACUUUCUCGAGAAGUGGGACGUGUGUCGUGACCGCUGGAGUACGUUUGCUCGUGAAGGCGUGACCACUUUCAGCAUGUCUGAAAAUGACGGUCCGUUUGCCCCGACGUGGAAUGCAAUUUUUGCCGCUGUCAACGAUGAAAUGGCGCUCGACGAGACAGUGGCUGGGAUCCGGUACUAUCAGACUGUGGUGGAGCGCGCGUUCGUUCGUGAGCUCAACUUCCAAGUGAACAAUUCAGGCGUUAACUCCCGUGUUGCAGGCAGCAAUAGCGGCGAGGACUACGAUGCUGAGAUGCGGCUGUUGGCAGCCACGGUAGGCCCAGCAGCGAGCAGCUUGAUCUUCCCGCAGUACCGCUACGCCGUAACGCGAGGAGCGUACCAGUUCUGCGAGCCAAGUCGUGGGAGCUUCUUCAUCAGCACGGUGUCUCCAAACGAUAUUUUCUGCGACGAGCCGUCCAAAGAGUUUUGCGUGGAGGUUGAUCGUGGCUGGCAGUGCUCGUGCGCGUUUAUGGUGAACCACCAUUUGCCGUGUCGCCACGUCUUUUACAUCCGCCGUAUCGUGCGCUGCAGCACCGUCAUCCCGCUGGAGAAUCUUGAGCCUCGCUGGGUGCUAGCGAAGGCGAGGGGCUUCUUCAACUCGUCACAAAUUAGUGAAUCCGCAGGCGAUGCACUGACGGGGCCAGAUACUGAGCGUGGCAACGCGACAGUGCCGCCACCAGGAGCCUGGCAGAAGUUCGUGACUGCUCAAGAAGUGGGGAAGCGCAUUGGCUAUCGGAUGAUGGAGAUGGAACCGGAGGAGUUCGACCGAGCGCUGCGAUUUUACAAGCUCGUGGAGACCACUAUGCGUGUGCGUCCAUUCGACUUGAACGCGGGCAUUGCUGCCCGGAUCAACAGCCAAAACGGUGGCCUUGCACGUGCAGCAGCGCACAAGCCCAACUGGGUCGAGCCGGAUCCUACAAGGACGUUGGCACCACGCAGUGUUCCCCCAGGAGUGGCAGGCACCGUGUACGUGUCGUCCAAUGACCGCAUGGCCGCGGCAGUCGCAGCAAGAAACAGGCAGCAGGCUCAGCUGGUGCAGCGCUAUCGACGGACCAGUGCGAUAACCACAAAGGAGGUGAUCGACCUUCAAGACGAGUCGGAGGAAGAAGAAAAGGGCCCAGAGACCAACGAGUCAGGGCGACGAGAGGAGGCAGAACAGUCUGAAGGUAACCAGGACAGCAACAACGAGGAGCCGUCUGAAGCAGGCUCCGUUACCGACCGGCCCUCUGACAACCAAGAUACCACCGAGAAGGCCGCCGUGCCUGCGAGCAAUCAGGACGAAGACGAAGGCGAAGACGAAGAUGCUCAACCGGAGCAAGACCCGUCGAGCGGCGACGAAGCAGUUCACAGCACUCCACGCAUCCGCGAGCCGUGGGAAGUGAUCGACGAGCUCGAGAAGGACCAAGACGAAGAAGAAGAAGACAACAACAACAACCGCCUGAUCUAGUAUCCCACCUCGCCCAGUCACGUACUGUAGGUAUGUAGCCCAAAACGUAGAUGUCAUGUUUUCCGGCCAAACGGAGCACUGUAGUUGCAGUUGCAGUUUUGACGCGAUGGCU